CUCUCUUUGUUUUACUAGGUCUCUGACUAUUUUGUUGAUCAUAUCAAGACUUUUCUGUUUUACACAAGUAAAUACAAAAAAUAACAACCAUGAAUUCUUUCGGUGGAAGAUUAAACACAAGAUUUUAUUUUGACAAUUCUUCAAGAAGUCUUGAUUCAAAUGACAACAAGAACGAAGAACGGAAGUGGGAUUUGUUUGAGUUCAAAAACGGAGUUGAAAGUCCAAAGCAGUCUUUUAUUACACCGUUUUAUACUUCUUCUUUCACCUCUACAAACCCAAAUCAGUUCUUGGAUCCUCCUUUCUUCUCCUUCAAUUCCAAUAUUAUUUCAUCUUCAGGGAGUUAUUCUGAUUUUCAUUUCAAGGAGGAAAAAGCAAAUGAUACUAAUUUAAAUUUUCAAUCUCAAAUAUGGCCUACCUCAUCUUCCAUUUCCGGAAACAAGAAGCAGGAAGAAUCUACGAAGAGUCAAGCUCUGGAUUGGAAUGUUGAAAGUCAACAGAAACCAAUUGACUUCUCGAUAGAAAUCAGCAAAACUGAACCGAAAUCCAUACAGUCACCUCAAAGCCAUAGUAAUUUUAACUCAAUUCAAGCUACUAAUGAGCAAAGCCGAUAUCAAGAUGGUUACAAUUGGAGAAAAUAUGGUCAAAAACUAAUCAAAAGAAGCAAUAAUCCUCAAAGUUAUUAUAAGUGUACUUAUCCUAAUUGUCCAACGAAGAAGAAAGUAGAGAAGGACUUGAAUGGGAUUAUCACCAAGAUCAUUUACAAAGAAAAACAUAAUCAUACAAUGCCUACAAACUUUCAGAAAUCUUCCUCAAACUCGUUUAACAACACGAUAUUUGAGCAUUCAAACCGUUUCCAGCCCUAUUCUGAAUGUUCCUUCAUAGAACACGAGCAAGAGCAAGGAUCUUUGAUUUGCGAAUCGAGAAUUGAUCACGAAAAUGAGCCCGAGGCUAAGAGAUGGAAAUUAGAUGAGGUUGAGAGUGAAGCGAUCUCUUCUGGUUUGAGUAAAACCCUUGAAGAACCAAGACUAGUUGUUGAAACCAAAGUGACAUUGAUAUACUUGAUGAUGGAUACAAAUGGAGAAAAUACGGGCAAAAAGUAG